ACAACAUGCAAUGUACUCUGUGGUAACAACUGUCAAGUUUUCAGUAAUGUCAAAAAAUAGUAAAUAACCUCAAAAGUGUAUUGGAAUAUCCAAAAGCGUUUGUUUACAUCUUUAUAUAUUAAAAUAAUUCCAGUGAUGAUUAAAUUUGUCUAGAUAUAGUAAUAAAUAACCAUAAUGUCGCUGACCCUAAGACAUUUAAGGUUAUACCGACCUGUUUAUGCUAUUGGUCGUCAAUACUCUGAAGACAAGACCAGAUAUCAGAUUUUAGAAGAGGGACAGAAACCAAAAUUAGUUCAUGGUAAACCAUAUGCAGAAUGGAGGAAGCCAUGGAUACAACGAGACGGGGAGUUCAGAAGCAAACUUUCAGUUUUUGUGGAAAAAAACCCUAGUCCGGAUAUCCUUAAUUUUAUGUCAAAAUUACCAAAUUUAACUACACAGGCAAUUAAAGACUGGUGGACGGAUAUGAAAGAACUUCAGGAAAUAGAAAAUCAAAGAUACUUACCUAAAAGAGUUGCCACACUCGGAUCGAACUUGGCUGCAGCACAUUUCUUUACAUUUCGCAAAUGUUCUAUCAGGUUAAAGGAUUCAAAACGAUGGAUAUCUGGUGAUGCAACUACAUUGGAUCUUCCUGAUCGCUAUGUUAAUGGAUACUUUAUUGAAGCCAUAGAUUGUACUAACUUCUUCCAUGGAGGAAUUCGAUAUGAAGGUCUACAGAACCUGUCCAAUCUGAAAUUUUUGAAGUGGUUAAGCUUAAGGAAUAACAAACAUGUGGAUGUGUGGGGCUUAGACAGAGUAGCUGGUCAAAAUGGCGAUAGCUUGGAAUUUCUAGAUAUAAGUGGCUGCCAAUUAUGUGUAGGAUGUAUUUUUGCUCUAGUUAGGAUGCAUGCUUUAAAGUAUGUGGUGCUGACAGAUCCCGGUGAUAACCUCAACUUACAGGCUGCUCUAUCAAUGUUGGAGCAGGAAAGGCCUGACCUGAUGAUAAAUGCUAUAUAGUUUGAACAUCAUGUUAAUAGCAAAAUAUUUAAUGCAAUUGUUAUUUAUUGGU